GAAACAGAGAGAAAGCUUGGACGCCUCUCAGCUUCGCCGAACAUCACGGUGGCUAUAAAACACAGCAAGACGAAAGAAAAAAAAAACAAAAAAACGUUUACAUGGUCAACCACUAACAAAACAAAAAAAACAAAAAAAAAACUAACUUUCUCUCUCUUUUGGCGCUUUGAUUUUUUUUUUCUGCUUCCUCAGGCGGCGAAAUGUCAACGGCCACCGGCGCUAACCCAUUGGCCGUUGCACCAAUCACGCGCCGCCGCAUCGGAGACUCUCUAGAAACCACAACCACCUCCGAACGUCCCUCCAUUUCCUCAGAUUACUCCAACAUAGUCACCAUCUCAUCGCCGGACUUGGACGACGCCGCCGCAACCGUCGGAACGAACGGCGCGUGCUCCUCACCUUCCUCCUCCUCCUCCUCCCAUCACCACCACUACCACCACCACCACCACCCCACGAUUCGGUACCUUCUCCGCGGAGGCGGGAAACUGAAACUGCCGUCGUUCGUGUGCUGCGAGGGUGGCGGAGGAGGAGGAGGAUCGACGACGGUUGGGUUCUUCAGGAGGAACGUGGGGCGUCGGAUCUUGGGGCUCCUCAUGGUUCUCGUCGUCGCUUCUCUCUUUAUCAGAGUCUCGCUGAUGAGUGGACACGUCAUCAUGCACCGGAGGGAUUUGAACGAGCUCGUGGUCGUUAGGGCGUUACAUGAUGAUUGGUCCAUGGCUCAGCGCGCCGUGACGGAGAACGUUGCUUCUCCGAAGCUUCCCAUUCCUGAGAUAUGGCAGAAACCUGAAAGUGGAAACUAUCGCCGGUGUGCGUCACGUCCCAAGAACCGUUCAAGAUUACGUAGGAAAACCAAUGGUUAUCUUCUAGUACACGCUAAUGGAGGAUUGAAUCAGAUGAGAACCGGAAUAUGUGACAUGGUAGCUGCAGCAAAGAUCAUGAACGCCACACUCGUCCUUCCUCUCCUCGACCACGAAUCUUUCUGGACAGACCCCAGCACAUUCAAAGACAUAUUCGACUGGAGACACUUCAUGAACGUGUUAAAAUCCGACGUGGACAUCACCGAGUACUUACCACCUCGCUAUGCAGCCAUGAGACCUCUCCUCAAAGCCCCCGUCUCCUGGUCCAAGUCCAGCUACUACAGAACCGAGAUGCUACCACUCUUGAAAAAACACAAAGUAAUAAAGUUCACGCACACCGACUCCCGCCUCGCCAACAACGGCCUCCCGCCGUCGAUCCAACGCCUCAGAUGCCGCGCUAACUACCAGGCACUGGCCUACUCCGAGGAGAUACAAGAGCUCGGUGAAGUCCUCGUGAACCGUCUAAGAAACAACACAAAACAACCCUUCGUCGCUCUACACCUGAGGUACGAGAAAGACAUGCUCGCGUUCACGGGAUGCAGCCACAACCUCACGGGCGGGGAAGCCGAGGAGCUGAGGAUCAUGAGGUACAACGUGAAGCACUGGAAGGAGAAAGAGAUCGACAGCGGGGAGAGGCGUGUCCAGGGAGGCUGUCCCAUGUCUCCUCGUGAAGCUGCCGUGUUUCUCAAGGCAAUGGGGUAUCCUUCUUCCACGACUGUGUACAUAGUCGCCGGCGAGAUCUACGGAGGUAACAGUAUGGAUGCUUUUAGAGAAGAGUACCCUAACGUGUUCUCUCACUCGACGUUGGCGAGGGAAGAGGAGCUGGAGCGUUUUAAGGCGUACCAGAACCGUUUGGCUGCGUUGGAUUACAUCGUGGCGUUGGAGAGCGAUGUGUUCGUGUAUACGUAUGAUGGGAACAUGGCUAAGGCUGUGCAAGGGCAUAGGAGGUUCGAAGGGUUUAAGAAGACUAUCAAUCCAGACAGGUUGAAUUUUGUGAAACUGAUAGAUCGUUUAGACGAAGGUGUGAUGUCAUGGGAAGAGUUUUCGUCAGAGGUGAAGAGGUUACAUGGAGAGAGGAUUGGAGCUCCUUACGCAAGACUUCCCGGUGAGUUCCCACGGCUAGAGGAGAAUUUCUAUGCAAACCCACAGCCAGAUUGUAUCUGUGACAAGUCUCAUCAGACGAAGUAAAUGUGGAAACCAAGUGUAAGAACAGGCUCGGAUAGAUGGAAGGAGAGUGUUUGAUGUGAAGAUAUAGAAGAAGUAAAAGAAACACGUGAACAGAGACAACAACACAACACACUGUUGAAAAACUUUUGUAGCCUUCCUUUUUGUACAAUAUAGGAGACAGUUGGUUGGAAGAUGGAUACAAAUCUGUAGAAUGGGAUUCCACUAUAUACAUGAGUAUGAAAGAUAUAGCAUUCUUUUUUAUAUCUGUUUGGUGUCUCUUAAGACCAGCUGAUUAGAGAUCUCAAGAGUUUAAACCAAUAGAGAUAGAGAGAUAUAUGAUUGAAGG